CAGGAAGUAUCUUUUCGUUUUUACUCGACGACAUCUCGACCAUUUCGACAACUUAUCAAAUCUUCAUUAAAUACUUAAAAGAAAGUCAGAAAUAUGCUCUUCAUCAGACAGGAACACAUCAUGAGAUGUUUUCUGGUUCUCUUCUGGCUGAUCAGUUUACUGCCCAUCUCAGAUCAAGGAAAAUAUAAUCUUGUUGGUUCUGAAGAGCCAAUAAAGGCACAAGUGGGAUCCGACGUUGUUCUACCAUGUCUUGUGAAGCCCCCGGUUAACGCGAGCAGCGCUACAGUCGAAUGGAUGUUCGACUCCAGUAAAACUGUUCACUUGUUCCGUAAUGAAGCUGAUGAACGAGAUUCUCAAGACGACAGAUACAAAGAUCGAACUUAUCUCAACCAUGCAAUGCUUGAACUCGGUGACGUUUCCCUCAAGUUGUCCAACGUAACUAAGAACGAUGAAGGGAUUUACAGCUGCUUUGUUCACCGUCUGCCUGAUCAUAAUAAGCCAGAAGAGAGACAUGUUACUCUGGUUGUUGUUGAUGGAAAAGAAAAUGAAAACCCUGAAGGACAUUCUGGAGGACCUGAAACUGGAGUUAUUGUUGGUGUUGUUGUUGUUGUUGCAGCAAUCAUCAUCCUCGCCUUCAUCACAUACUAUGUUGUAUGUCGCCACAGAGGUGAACAAAUUUCUCUAUUCUGGAACAACAAGUCUCCACAUGAACAAGUUAUAAAUGAUGGUGAUCACAGAGGAAAUGGUAACCAAGAGAUGAAGAUGAAGAAAGACCUUUACAGAACCAGUGACAACCAAACCAAAACGUGUGAAUCAUCCUGAUCUGAAAUCUCUUCAACCUCUUGUUGGUAUGAAAACUGUUACAUGUGUAGAACUGUGAAUAAUAGAAAAACUGUCUGACUUAAACCCAAAAGCAAAUCCUUCAUAUUAGAUCAAAGAUUUAAUUAUCUUUUUUUAGAUUAAAAAAAGGAUGAAGAAUUAUGUAAUUUAAAAAAUAACAUUUUAUGUCCAUAACUGUUUCUGUAGUUUAGAGUCUUACUCAGAUUUUGAUGACUGAGUUUUAUUGAAAAGUAUUUUUAAUACAUGAAAAAGUUGACAGACUUGAUCCAAAGCUUGUGCCUACAAAAUGUUUUAAAUUUAAUUUCUAUCAGUGAAUCUGAUUUUUAAUGCUCACACUCUUGUUACAUAAAUAACCAAAUAUUUAUAUAUUUUAUUAUGACUUGAUUUCUAGUUUUUCAAUUCAUGAAUCAGCAGUGAAUUCAUUAGUUCACUCACAUUCACAUAGGAACAAAUCACCUGAAUAUUUCGUUGUUCAUCAUCAUACAGUGAAUGUCAAAAAAAAACAUUUUGAUACUAUAUUAUUUUAUAAGCAUCCUUCUAGUUACAUUAUGUAAGAUUGUUAUUAAAAUAUGUUCUCAUAACAUAGGAAAGGUAAAGAAAAUUAGAAAUUCACAAAUUACUUUGAAAAUAGGCCCAUAGACACAACAGAUAAUAACAAUACUAACUUUAUCUUGUAAACCAGCUGUAGUGACUUUUUCAUUCCAGACACUCAGCUUGAGGAGGUAGAGAAGUUUUGUUGAUGAAUAUGUAUUAUGGUCUGGUCAGCGUAAAGACUGUGUUCAUAAUUAGCUUUGCCACAUGAUUGGUGAUGAGUCACCAUGGGGGAAACACAAACCAUACAAACACAAACUAUAAGAUCAGAACAGAAAGAAAUGUCUCAUAUUUCUGGACUCAGUGGAGGCUUAGAGCUGAGCUUCUAUAGCCUGGACCUGGUAAAUUGGAUCACCUGUUCAUUUCAGUCAGGUUCAUGGAAGCAGGGAGAAAAUGCAGGACAAUGAGUCCAAAGUCCAAGGCUGAGAAACGUUGAUUUAUGGUGAAGUAAAUCAAACUCUUCAGGCUCCCAGAGUCACUUAUCUUUGUCUAACUUUGAGCCAGUGUUCUGUUGAGAUUAGUCCAUUUGACAUUUAUAGUUUCAAACUGAUGAGCCUUUUUAAAUACAUCAGCUUGAACUGAGCCUGGCUUAAAAUGGCUGUUUAAUGUAGGAAUAAAUGGCUGCUGCAAAGUUAAAGACUGUGAAUAAAAUGGUUCUCUUUAUGUUUUAUACUUCCUACUAACAUCUCAGAAAUCAAAUGGCUCUUAUUUUUAAAAAACAGGUUUUUCAAUUAGCCAACAUCUAAAUCCAACAUGGCGGCUCCCUGGGUUGCAACUCAAACCUUUCUGGAGAGAUUGAAGCUGUUCCUCUAUUUCACACUUUGAUUCUCUGCCCAGAAAAAGGAAAAUGAAACUGAAAUUCAUUUUCAAUAGCUGCAUAAUUCAAAUAGAAACUGUAAAAACUUAUCAAUGCAGGAUUUUUUUUUAACAACUUACAAAAUAAAACAAACCAAAUACAUUCUACUGUACUAAGUGAAGAUUUGGGGGCCUGAAUUAAAAGGUGUUUGUUAGAACUAAGUCAUUAUUAAAAAGCCAUAUUUAUAGUAAAAGGAAUGCUUUGUUCUUUUGUUGACUUUUAUAAAUAAUAUAUAUUAUUUCUAACAGAAUCUGAUAUUCUGAUAUUUUUAUUUUGUCUGGUGGAGUUUUGCUGUGCAACUCAAAGUAAAACUGGAGGGAGACAUCUAGUGGUUAAGUCAGAGUAUUACUCUGACAAAUCACAAGUCUUUAUUGGGAUGUUGAUGCCAAAUUUAAUAGAAAAUGUGAAACAUGAUUUUCCUCAGAACUACUACAGUUCAGUUUAUCUUCUAGGUGGAAGUUGUUCAUUUGUCUUAAACACUAUAAACUGCUGUUGUCACAUUAAAUAUGUAAAAAGUGAAACUUUAUAGUGCAAGUUAUUAUUAUUUAACAGAUAACAUUAUUCAAAGUACUAAACAAUAAAGAGUUAAAAACAAUACAGAUCAAACAGUUAAGACACAAAGAAACUCAAUAAAAAUAUAAUAUAAAAUUAAUGCAUAUAUAAAACAGAGUGAACAUAAAUGUCUUUAAUUUAGCUUUAGAAUCAUUCAAAGAACAUUCCUGCCUGAUGUGUUAAAAGCAGACUGUUCCUCAUGAUGGCACUAAAACAUUGUCUGUUGUAUUAAUAAAUGUGUUUACAUGUUGUAAAAUAUAAGCUGAGAAAUUUUGAUUCUUGAGAAUAAAAACCCUUUAAAAACA